UUGCCCGUGGUCACGCUACCUGAGCUUGGCAGGCUCCUCAUCCACAGUGUACAUGAAAUCCAAAUGUCUGCAAAAUUGACAAAGUCCUCACUCCUUCCACAACCUUCAGAGGAGUCUGACAGCAUUGUGAUAGUGAAGAUGGAAGAGGAAGAGCAGAUCUGCGAUCUGGACUCCAGCCUCUCCUGGAGCACCUGCUGCAACCCAGAGACCUUCCGCCAGCGGUUCAGGCAUUUUGGGUACCAGGAGUCCCCUGGGCCCCGGGAGGCUCUGAACCGGCUCCGGAAGCUUUGCCGUCAGUGGCUGAGGCCCGAGGUCAACUCCAAGGAGCAGAUCCUGGAGCUGCUGGUGCUGGAGCAGUUCCUGGCCAUCCUGCCUGAGGAGCUGCAGGCCUGGCUGCGAGAGCACCAGCCUGAGAAUGGAGAGCAAGCUGUGACUAUGCUGGAGGAGCUGGAGAAGGAGCUUGAUGGGCCAGCUGAGCAGGUCUUUUUUGGACAAAAUGAGGACAUGCUUGCAGAGAAGUUGACACCUUGGGAAAUUCAUCAGGAGUCACCAAGUAGCCAGAUCAAGCCCAUAAAGAAGCAACUAUCAUUAACAUCACGGGAGUUUCACUCAAGACAAAAAGCUAAAGACACCAAAAAUAUCAUUGUGAAUUCAGCUUCGGGGCAAAAGACUUCUCCAGCCAUAGGAAUGCAUUACAAUAUUUCUGACACCCUUCCUAUGAAUGCUUCCCAGAGUUUCAUCUGUAGAAGAGCCUAUGAACAAGAUAACGGGUUUGAAAGAAGACAGAGAAACUCUUCUGGAAAAAAACAACAUAAGUGUGAUGAAUGUGGCAAAGUUUUCAGUCAGAGCUCAGCCCUUAUCCUACAUCACAGAAUCCACAGUGGAGAGAAACCUUAUGCAUGUGAUGUGUGUGCAAAGGCUUUUAGCCGAAGUGCAGUCCUGAUUCAACAUCGAAGAACUCACACUGGGGAAAAACCCUACAAGUGUCAUGAGUGUGGGAAAGCCUUUAGUCAGAGCUCAAAUCUUCUCAGACAUAGGAAAAGACACACUAAAGAAAAAGUCCCAUCAGUGUUGUAAGGGAAUCAGCUUUUGCUCAGAGCUUUGUUAGCGGGAUAAGACAGAAAGCACAAACGCUCCUUUAGUAUUUCAGUAGGUUUUAGUGGGAACUGGUUUGCUUUCAGAAGUCUUAAGAGCCACAAGAGAGAAUGUAAAAUGUUUGCUUUUCUGCAGUACAGUGUCAAUUCAGACGUCUGAGAUUCUAAAGCUUAAUUCAGAUUUUCAUCUCUAGUGCAGCUCUUCAAAAGACAUUCUCAACCAUGUUCUAUUUCCAGUACUAACACAAAUGAUGAACUAGUAUAUUUCUUUUUAGACAAAUAUAUUUUCCCUGUUGAGAAGGAAUCAGUAUAAAAAUAAGUGUUUUUUUCUGUCCCAUAACUUGAACAUUGGAGUUCUCAGACCAAAGAUUAGAGCAUUUAAAAAAUUUUUACCAUUUGUUUUCUCUUACCAGAUUCAAAAUAUGAGAAUAAGAUUGAGGAGACACAAAAGAAUUUAUAUCUUCAGACCUAGGAUGAAAUGUCCAGGUUCACUGUUAGAAGGUAGAUGAGUAAAAGGACUUAAUCUCUUAUGAAAAUUCACAAAAGCCUACAUACAAUUGAUGAUACUAAGUAGUUUCCUAUGUAGGAAAAAAAUAAUCUCUUUUACCAUGUAAUUUGGAAUAAUUCCGUGAAAACAUUAAGAUGGUUCUACAUGUCUUAAGGAGUGGCAUAAACAUAAGGAACAUUCUACUAAUAGGGCUAUCUGCAGGUGUUUAUAUAAGGUUCAUGAUCAUCUCAAAAUGAAAAAAGGGAGAUGAAAAUACUGUCCAAGUAAGACUGAUGUAACACAAAUAGUAGCAGGUAUGGCACAUGAUGGAGAAGUACCACACCUUAACUGGAAAAGGAAACCCUUAACAACUGACCGCUCUCCGUCAGUGUUCUUCAUGACCCCUUUUCUGGCAUAAAUCGGCUGUGAAUAUGUUUCAGGCAUCACAAGACAACCUUUUCAGCGUCUUAUGCAUUCUUAAUAAGACUUGCUUCUAGACGAGUUGUCAGGACAUGAGGCCCUGGGUUUUGAUGCUCUGGUACAAAAGAAGAAAAUACUAAAUUUCAAUUUAAAGAGUCCACUGAGUUUUACCCACAUUUAAAUCAAUCAGAUUUCUUCUUUAAAAAUAAAAUGACUGACUUGUAUAUUAUUAAAAUUAUUCUGACCAUAUACAACAUAAUGUUCCCUUUUCUAGGGAUUCUUGAUAAAACUUUAUUAUAAGAAUACACACAUUAUAAUGUUUUUUGUCAUGCCACAGUUAGCCAAUAUGGAAGCAAACAUCAGAAAUGAAAGUCUUGG